CGAAAUGUAUUUUUUGCAUGGUUUUUUCUUAUCCAAUUUGUCGUUUAAAAAUAUAAACAAUUGUUUCGCUAUUCAAUAUUCCGUAAAAUACACAAAGAAAACGAAAGUAGAAGCGAUUGAAAAUGGUCGACGUAAACACGUUAAUCUCAGUGGCAGAUAAAAUUUAUGAAGCAAUUUCAAUAACACUCAGUCCAUUGGCAUCACAGGUUGAAAGGAAACAGGCCUAUCAGGUUGUAGAUGAAUUCCAUGACUCGCCAUUAUGUUCUGACGUUGGCAUUUAUCUUUUCAAUAACAAAAGCAAAUUUGACACUGCAAUUCGGAAAUGUGGGUUACAGUUAGUGGAGCAUUACAUUAUUUCAAAGUGGAAUCAAUGUGAUGAAUUGAAAAGACACUCUUUCAAACUAGAGGCUGUAAAACUAAUAGAGCAUGCACAGUUCAAUGAACCAACAUAUCUAAAGGAAGCUGUUGUAAAAGUAAUCGUUGAAAUUAUUAAGCGUUCCUGGCCGCAACAGUGGGAUUCCUUGUUUCAAGACUUAUCAAACUUACAAGCGUUAGGGGAUGCCCAACUAGAAUUGGUUUUGAUCAUCCUUAUGCGUCUUUCUGAAGAUAUAAAUGGUCUCGAUGCAAAACUGACAUCAAUGCGAAUGAAAGAAAUGUUGACAACACUCAAUGAUAAUAUGGAAGACUUGUUCAUAUUUUUUAUUGAGACACUACAAACCAAAGUUAUGUUGUUAAAAGAGAAGAUUGAUGACACAACUUUGCGACUUGCUGAGGCAUCGAUUUUCACCAUUACAGCAUAUGCAUCAUGGGUUAAAUUUGACCACCUCAUUGCAAAAAAUAAAAUUCUUUUCCAAGUGUUGGUUUGGCUUCUCGAAGUUGACAAGCUUAAAUCUCAUGUUUGCAAUUGCUUGAGCAUAAUUUUUGAAAGAAAGGCAGAAAACGAAAAGAGGGUGGAAUUGUUGAUUAUUUUGUCUGAAGAUGCACUGGGUAUCGUAAAAAAGGCUGCUCUUGCUGCUUAUAAAAAGGCAAGUGAAUGUGAAGAAGAAUAUCAAUUCUUGAAAAACCUUGUCAAUAUGAUGUCGAACUUUGGAAGGUUUCAAAUUGCAUCAUUAUGGGUUAUCGGGAUAAGUACAGCCAAGUUGUGGAAGUCCUUCUUCACUCACAAACUUAUUCAAAAAGAUAAAAUGCUACAAUCUCUUAUUUCAGAAUUAUUGAACUGUUUAUUUGUAAAGAUGACUAGGAUUGGAAAUCCUCUACUUCGAUCUAGUCCAGGUAAUUGCUUUAGCGUGAUGGACUUCUCUGAUAUUGAGGAUUUUAAUGAAGCAUUUGGGGAUGCAAGAUGUAUCACAAUGUGUGUUAUAAAAUUAAUGACAGAACUUUCACCUGAUGCUGUGCUGAUGCAUUGUUUAUCAAAUAUAAAAGAUGCUACAUCCACGCCUCCUCCGUCAGUUUCAAGCGAUAAAGUUGACGAAGCCAUGCAGACGAUGCAUUAUAUACGUUGGGAAGCUUUGGCUCAAUAUUCUCGAAAUGCUUUUAGUUGUGUUUAUUUCAAGUCUUGCAAGAAUAUUUCACCGGAUGUUGUUAAUUUAUUUAAUGAUGUACUGAACUCGUUACUGGUAUAUAAGUGUGAGGCUCCAGUGUUUUUAAUUCCAGUUGUUAGCUGCAUGGAGGCCAUUUUUCCUGUCUUCAAAUACUCCCAGGAAUAUUUAUUACCUGCAAUGCAAAUGUUAAUUGGCGUGAUAAGCACGAGCAGUACAACAGCUGAUCAACAACAGGGAAAACUCAAAAGACAAGCAUGUGGAUCGUUCAGUAAUUUGUGCAAAGAAAUUCCGGAAAUACUAGUGAACAUUUUUGCUGACUUGCAGAUACUGUUUGCUGAUCAAUUUCAACAACCACAUCUCACCAAUCAUGACAAGGCCAUGUUACUGGAAGGUCUUUUAACAAUUAGUAAUCACUUACAAGAUGGUGAGGUACAAAAAGACUUCAUAUGUAAGAUGUUUGAAUAUGCAGGAAGAUCAUUCGACAAAGUGAAAGAUACUUUGGAUGAUACAAUGAAGUUCGCUGUGUUUUUUGGUUUGAAUAAAAGUUGUGUUGAAGACGACGAAUUAAAAAACAGGCGGAAAGAAGUCAUGAUGGCGCUUUAUAUAUACCAAGCAGUGUCGAGAUGUUUUGCAGUUACAAAUGAGAAAACGAUGGAUGACAACCCUACCGAACAAGCGAUUAACGAAAGUACUCAAAAAUAUCCAUGGGUUCAACUAAUGAUAAAUGUUUUACCAACUAUGUUCGAUUUAGCCAAACAGUUUUGCCUCUUGUGGACCAUAGAAGAUCAGUUAAUACCAAACGCAUUAUCACAAAGUAAAAUUGAAGCUCAAAGUGUUGCAAAUAAAAGUGAUGACGAUACAAAUUUAGGAAAUUUAGUUCAAAAUCAUCUUAUGGUACUUCACGGUUUAAUCUACACAACAUUGUUUCACUGUGGCACAUGUAUCGGUCCAGCACUGUAUUCUUUAGCUGAACUACAAGUUGUCAUGGUUGAAAAAUUAGUUAAGCCGUGGACGCACUUACCUAAUUAUAGGUUAAGGAAAAUAUGGCGAUUUGUUAAAGGAUUCGUGCUGUCUUGUCCAGCAGCGAAUUAUGAAGCGUUGAUGGGCCCAUUUCUUUCUGUAGCAGUUAAAGAUAUGUUUGAGAGAUUGUGUGUGGAAUGGAAAAAAAUUGAAGAAUUAGUUAAAACGAAAAAAGAAAAUAUGUCUGAUGGCGAGGGGAACAACGAGAAAGCAGAAAUAAUAGAAGAAAGAAAUAUGUAUAAUUUAUCUAAAGAGUUUAUUGAUAUAAUAGUUUCAUUGUGUGUAUUUAAAAGAGAAAAAGAAAAGGAGGGCGUGAAAAUUUCCGAGAAUAGUGCAGGAGUGUUUGGCAAACUUGGUGAAUUUUUGUUACUGUAUGAAGGAACCAAUUUAACGCUUAUAUGCACUUUAUUUACGGCUGUCACGUGGCCAGAUGCGAGUGUGGUCUACAGAAUUUCGAAACUGCUCGUAGCUAUCGUGAAAAAGGUAUUUCUAUCUGGAUCUCCUGUAAAUCCUGAAAUACCGAAUCAGUUAUUACUGUUGCUGCUUCAAGGACUGCAACUCCAUGGUGCGGACGAUGUGGCUCACGCAGCUAUCACGAAUGCAGCUUUGGAUGUUUAUUUACUGCUGAGGGAACAAUAUCCUGGAGUGGUGAGAAUUCUCUUGAUGAUACCAACAUGUACGGAAGAGGAGCUACAGAAAUUCGAUCUGGAUGUAUUUGCCAGUGAUCAACCGCUGACUGAAAAUCAAAAAAGAAAAGCAUUUCGAAAGUUAGUAGAAGGAGCUUGUGGGAAAACCAUAAGCCAACUUUACUGCAACAAUGUCAAGAUCAGAGACUUGCCACCACUCGCGCCGCGACUUAAAAGACAACACAAGUCUGUUCUUGAGGAAGUUGAUUCUGACAGUGGUUUGUGUUCGUUUUUUGCUGGUGAUACAUGACAGGAUGUCUCCGAGAACAAAAAUAAUUCUUAGCGUUUCUGUGGAAGCCUGAAAACGUGACAGAAUGAACAAAAGAAGGCCGGCUACCUAAGGCUCAGUGAUGGUAUCAGACACAGUAGUGAUGCUGACUCCAGAAAUUACAAUAACAAUAACCUUUUUGAUAUCUUUAGUUGUUUCGUAAAUUAGGUCAAUGGGUUCUGAAGUUUUAACAACUCCUAAUUUUUUAAUGCAAAGAUUUGUUUACUUUUCAUUCCA